AUGCGCAUCCUCAUUCUCACGCUUAUCCUUUUCCUCAUCUCUGCCCCCUACGCUGUCGACUUGCCCAAAGACGCCAGCAGUCAAUGGAGAAUACUCAAAACCACAAUUGAGGACGCCUCAUCCAGCAUCAAGGGCAAAUCCCAUCUGAACAGCACUUUGAGAUUAUUCGCAAACACCGGCACCGCCAAUCUUCUUUACAACAUCACCCAUACAAUCAACAGCUCUUGGGGCAUCGCAGCUUCCGACAAGCCUGCGUUCAUUAACGGCAGUUCUCUCCCAAUGGACAAUAAAUACAACGACUACCUUAAACCCGUCCCGGACCUCGUGUCUGCCCUGGUAGCGCUCGGCUCAACAUGGCACCUUGAACUCAACUACCCCGUCUACUGGGGGAUCGAGGAGCUCGCACGGCAGGUGCAGGGUUACGGCAGCGCGCUCACCCGCGCCGGAAUCAUCAGCGAGAAUGCGACAAUCCGGACCAUCAAGAUGGGCAGCGAACUUGUGAGAGCAGAGAAAGCAUGGAGCAAGCCCGGAAACUUGCCGGGGAGGCUGGUGCCACUACGUCCGUUCCGUAACUUGCGGCCACCCUCAUAA